GGCUUCGAAAAGAGCUACUUGGGCUAUCCUGUUAGACCUUUGUGACUUUAAGUUUGACGUGUGCAACUUGCAAGUCCCAUGGCCACGGCUACCGUGCGAUAACAGGGUAUAACGGCUCUUUAGCUAGCUGUGACAUUAGAGAAAUGCCUAUAGACUUCUUCGGACUCUUUUUCUUAGGCCUAGGGCCUGGAAUAGCGUUUUUCCUAGUCGUCAUUGCACGCAAGUCCUUCUUAGUUCUCCUCUCCCUUUUCAGCACUUUCGUAUGGCUCGUUGUCCUCCUCAUUACAUCAGCUAUCUUUAGGGGCUUCGUCCCCCUCAAGGUGCUCCAGGGGCCCUAUGCGGGCAUGUUGAUAGCCUCAGUGGCCAUCCAGGAAGCCGUACGGUACGGCUUGUGGCGCAUGAACCGCAAGGCGGUUGAGACGCUGGAGUCCAUGUCUCGCAGCUCGGGCCACCGCUUCUCGCAGCUGGACCGGCUGUACAUGGCCAUGGCCUGGGGCUACGGCCACGCCGCCUGCCACGCCAUUUUCUUCUUCCUGUCCAUGCUGCCACUCACGGUGGGAGACGGCACCUACUACAUCGACGCCUGCCCGCAGAUGUCCAUCUUCCUGGUGGGGGCGCUGUACUGCCUGGCGUUCGGCAUGCUGCUGACGUGCCUCAUGGUGGUGGCCUUCGACGGCUACAUGGGGCGCAAGCCCGCGCACGUGGGGGCGGCGGCGGUGCUGCACCUGGGGGCGGCGCUGCUGACGCUGCUGAACUUCCGCUCGGGCGGUUGUGUGGUCGCCAUGCCGGUGCUAAUUGCUGCGGGGCUGCUGAUGACGGUGUACACGGUGGGGAUAUGUUGGAAGACGGGCGCGAGGUGAUGCGCGGUUAGGUGUUGGAGAGGAUGUGUUGGAUUUGGUUGUGAGGAACGUAGGGACGUCAGUAAGGCGUACUGUGAUUCUCUUCUGCGACGUUAAUGUGUAGGUGUGAGUUUUACAUGUGGUCCUGUGCAGGUAGAUAGUUCCUGCGCAUGCAUGGCAUAUGACCGACCCACGGAGUAGACAAGACGGAACGGAUGGACCCGUGUCAGGGUAUUGUUAAUAAGCUCUCAUAUAAUGGACGUACAGUAUUUUCGAGCUUCCGGUCUAUUGUCAAUGGUAGACUGGCUGCUUUUAUCAUUCGUUCCCGCCUUGGCAUAUACGGCGAACGUCAAGCCUGGACGUAUGCUCACUAACCCUUUUCCAUUCCAUAACACCUCC